GAAGCCUGUGAGAAUAACUUCCGGGUGAUGUAGUAACUUCCGGCUGUCACAAGUCCGAGUCCCUAGCGCUCAGGGUUAAAGUGGAUUAUUUAUUAUUGUAUUUAAAAAACUGAAUACAAUAAAAAAAGCUUCGUGACUUCCGGGUUGUCUUCCCCGGUCUGUCCCGGUUCUCUGACGGAGUUUCUCCGGAGCUCGGAGCAGGCCUCUUGCAGCAGACCUCAGAUCUGCGUCUCGGACCUGUUGUAACGAUCAGCUGUUAGUUCACGACAGUAACCACUGAUCUGUUUCAGAAAUGUCUUCGUUAUGGAGCCUGAGGCCGUUUCUGACGUCACUGUUUCAAGCCUCCCAUCAUGCCCCUGCCUGGACGGGGCCCCUCCUCUCCAGGACGAUGGCCACCCUCAACCAGAUGCACCGGCAGGGGAAGCCCACACCGCCUCCUAAAGCCGUCGGUGCCACGUUUGGCCGGCCCCAGCUGAAAGCGGUGAUCCUGAAGACCAUGAUCCGAAAGCCCAAGAAACCCAACUCCGCCAACAGGAAGUGCGCUCGGGUGCGUCUGUCCAAUGGGAAGGAGGCAGUGGUGUUCAUCCCCGGGGAGGGGCACAACCUACAGGAGCACAACGUGGUGCUGGUGCAGGGCGGGAGGACGCAGGACCUGCCCGGGGUCAAACUCACCGUGGUCAGAGGCAAAUAUGACUGUGCCCACGUGGUGAAGAAGAAACAGUAGAGUGAGAGAGGGCAGCGUUCAGUCUCAGCUGUUUUAUAAAUGUUUGUGCUCUUUACUUUGCAUCAUCACGGUGACCUUGUCAAAGGUCAAGUCAGAAACCUGUGGACGCACAGAGACGUGAUCUCCGGUCGUGCUCCUCAGAGGUGGAACCCGGCUGCAGAGUUUACUCCUGUUCAGACAGAGCGUUGGUGCAGCACUGAUUCUGGAUCAUAGUGUCUAUGACACAUGGGAAUAAUUUGAAGGAUCAAUGACUCUUUGUCUCAACCUAAAUUCAUGAAGUCAUAUUUGAGGAAGAACAAUAAAGACGCCUCAUGUCCCACAAA